UAUUAAAUUAAAAUUUUGUCUCUCCAAAUUAAAUCAAAAUUGUCCUCAGGCAAAAAUGAAAUUGAAAUCAAGAAAGCAGGAACCAGUUGGGCCUCAAAAGACGAGCUCCAAGUCAACGGUGGGAUCCCUAUCCGCGCAGGGAACUGAACGAGUUUAUACAGAAGUGGACUCGGAGGGCCGUCUAGUGAGUCGACCCCUCACUCCAUACGAGUGCAAGCUAGAGGACGAUGUGGAGCAGCUGCAAGAGGCCCUGUUCACGAUCUCUUCCCACUAUGCGAAGAUCCAAUUCCGUUUGCGUCAAAUAUCCUCCGCGUCGUGCAGCGAGAGGAACUGCUUACUAGAAGAGCUACAGCGGAUGACGACUCAAGGACUGGAUGGAUGUAACCCAAACCAGGCAGAGGAAUUGCCCAACCUGAAAUGCGACUCAUUAAGCCUAGGCAAUGUUCGAUUCAAGCAGCAAAAGAUAAUCAACCAAUUGCGGGAAAGUCUUCAGGACUUAGCUGAGGCAGCAGGAGCCUGUUUUGAAGCGGAUUACAAGGCCGUCGGUGACGGACCAGAAUAUGUCGAGGAGUUUGACUCUAGCCAGCAGAUCGAACUAUGUCCAGACAAGAAGGAAACAGGGGGACAAUAUUUGCAAGAAGUGUGGUCGGAUGCCGACUAUGGAAACGAAGAACUUCGGUGGCCCAUUGAGAAGCCACGCCGGUUAAAAAAUAAAAGCGGAAAGUCAAAAGGUAGAUCCAGGAGAAGUUCUAACAUCUCUAAGGAAAGCCAAAAAAAUAAGAUAUCAGAAAAACUAAAACGAAAACCUUCAAAAUCUCCUGCAAACCAAGAUUCCAAAGUCGCUUCAACCCAAAAUACGAAACGUACCAUCACUCCGCUCAAAGCAACCAGCAAAUCUAAAGCUAAUGUGGCCAAGCGCUUUUCCCAAAACAUUUUAAAUUCCCUGAAUAGCGGCCCAAAUUUAGGAAUGACCGUCUGCAGCUGCCCCAUCAAGAUUCAAGAUUCGCCCUUUACUCCGUUGCGCAGGACUCAGUCUAUCUCGCAAUAUUCAGGUGAAAAAUCACGAAAUUCUUUGACGUCUCCAUCUAGGCACAGUGGGGGUACCAUUCGAGAACUAGCCAACUCAGUUCUGCAGCGAUCUGUCGGUGCCAUCACAAGAUUUUCCGGUGCCCGGACCAUGACCCUCCACCCACCUCUGCUUCAGACGCAGUCCACAAUGCCAUUCUCAAGCUUAUCGAAAUGCAGAACGAGUAUUGAGACUGCAAAGCUUAGGCAGGGUGUCGGGAGGAGCAGCGAUCGAAAAAUUCAUAAAUGUAGAUAUAAAAGAGUCGCUAGUUUUCCAUCUCAGUCAGACGAUUAUUCUCAGGAAAUGGAAAGAAAUGCAAAAUUUUUAUUUCAGGAAGGCCCUCAACGAGGAAAUAUAGAUUUUUCCGGUGCCCCCAACACCCAAAGGGAUAGUUUAUCAAACACCAGCGAAAGUUCUAUAAAAUCCUUGAAUAUCCGUAAAAGUUGUCCGUGGAAAUUCGUCACUGGCCCUGAAAGCACUGAAACAUCUGAACGCUCGGAAUCAUAACAGUAGUAUAUAUUUUUUUUCGAUUAACAAAUUUUUGGUUUAAGUUUUGGUAGUUCGAAUUCCUGAAUAAACAGCUUAUAUAUUGUUAUUAA